ACCACAGAAACCAUCGUGAUCAUCUUGGAUCAAACGAAACGAAAUGGCGCCGGUGAAGGUGUUCGGGCAGGCCAUGUCGCCGAACGUGGCUCGGGUGCUGGUGUUCCUGGAGGAGGCCGGCGCCGACUACGAGCUCGUCGACAUCGAUUUCCAGGCCAAGGAGCACAAGAGCCCCGACCACCUUGCCAGAAACCCGUUCGGGCAAAUCCCCGCGUUCCAGGACGGUCAUGUCGUUCUCUUCGAGUCAAGAGCAAUCGCCAAGUACGUGGCGCGCAAGUACAAGACGGACGAGGCCGACCUGCUGAGGGAAGGCGACCUUUCAGAAGCCGCCAUGGUGGACGUGUGGACGGAGGUGGAGGCGCACACGUACAGCGCCGCCCUCUCGCCCAUCGUCUACGAGUGCCUCAUCUUCCCUCUCAUGCACGGCAAGCCCACCGACGACAAGGUUGUCGACGAGAGCCUCGAGAAGCUGAGGAAGGUGCUCGAGGUCUACGAGGCACGGCUAUCCAAGCACAGGUACUUGGCCGGGGAUUUCCUCAGCUUCGCUGACCUCAACCAUUUCCCCUACACCUUCUACUUCAUGGCGACGCCCCAUGGGGCCCUGUUUGAGUCGUACCCGCGCGUGAAGGCGUGGUGGGAGAGCAUCAUGUCCAGGCCGGCGAUUCAGAAGCUCAGCGCAACCAUGACACCAUGAAUUCACACACGACGCAACUGCCCGCUUAUAUAUAGCUACUAUGGCAGCUUAAUUAGUAAUUAGUAUUCAAUUUUAUUGUGUGCAUGACUGCUAUUAUGUAAUUUGUAUUGUCUACCAUAAUUGUACAAGUCUGCAGUUCUGGUGGUUGUAUCUAUCUGUAUGU